CAUAAAAGGCAAUAUCCACAAGGCUCUUGUUCUCGAGCACCCCUCUGCCGAUGAAUGAAAUGGUUCAGUCCGCCACAAUGCAGGCGAAGUAGUCUCGUUAGCUAGCUACUAGCUAGCUAUUAUCUCGGCCACGAGUGUGUAAACGAAGUUAUUCGCCUGACCUUACCUCAAUUAAAGCUACUUUAUAGAUUUCAAAUCACAAAAUAGGAAACUAUAGUAAAAAAAGUGCCGUUUUUCGUUACAAAUGUUGCUGUUGACUGUAAAACCUGUGCAUUAGCCUGUUCGCUUCAUGGCUAAACUACUGCAGUGGAACCGCCGAGUUCCAAAUGGAUGAAUUCAUUAGUAAAUAAUUUCAACCGGCCUGGCUCGUCAAUGGGAGGGAAGGAAGGAAGGAAAGAAAGAAAGAAAGAAAGAAGCGAAUGAGGUCAGACGUUCCGCCGACACGGAGCGUCCAUACGUCCCAGCAGACCCGAAGCUGGCGCUUACGUAACUACGGGACUCUGAUCGAUCCUCGCUCGGGUGGCCAAAAGAAUUCCGAGAGCUUCCAGUGGAAAAGUGGUGAGCAGGUCCAGGUUUCCGCCUCCGUUUCGUAACUUUGACAUGUUAUCUUGCUCAGGAAGCAAGGAGGCAUUUAAGGAGGCAUUUAAGGAGUAUCACAACAAUAUGGAGGGAACGACAUAUGGAAGGGAACGACAUAUGGAAGGGAAUUCCCAUGUUGAAUAUGUUUCGAGGGACUUGGAGGCUGGCCCAGUACCACAGCACGAGGUCCGUGGAUCAAGAUGACCCCAACCUCGCGUCCCACAAGGUCCUCAAUCCGGGGUCGGAGAAGGCCUUCCCCCUUGAGGAGGUCUCCCCGUACGCCAGCGUCUUGUCCUGCAGUCGCUCCUACAUGGAACACACCGCGGAGGUCCUGCCGGGUUAUGACCCCCAGGACGCCACCCGGCCCGCCGGCUUGGUCUUGAGCCCACGCAUUGAGAUCACACCAUCCCGGGAGCACUUCAGCCACGCUCGGGACUCCCUCCAGAACCAGCACCCCGGCGUCAACAGCCCGCGGCCCACCCUCACCGUGCCCGGCCACGAGAACCUGGCCUACCGCGAGCCCCAGUGCCUGAGCCCCGCCAGCAGCAACUCGUCCACCAGCUGGCACUCGGAGAGCUACUCCCCCUGGGCGUCCCCCUGCGUGUCCCCCAGCGGCGGCCACAACCCGGGAGACCUGUGCCCCCGCUUGCAGAACAUCCACGCGGGCUCCCCACGCACGUCCCCGGGCACCUCGCCGAGCGGCGGCCUGGCGGAGGACGGCGGUCUGGGAGCGUGCUCGCCCUCCCCGCACUCGGGGUCCCGCUCCACCUCCCCGCAAGGUAAACGCACCUACGACAUGUACAGGAACCUGGCUUUGGUGCCCGGCAUCCGCUCCCGCAGUCCAUCCCCCCAUGCCGGCCACGAGGCGGGCGCCAGCUAUGUGCACGACGGCGUCAACGGUUUCAGCAGCUGCCUGCCCACUAAGAUGGUCAAGACCUCCAACCAGGUCUACAGCCUAUACCCGGAACCCCACACCGAGGGGAACUGCUUGGUGCCAUGUGACCAGGACCUCAAACCUUCCCCGGAACCGUUCUUUGUCAUCCCGCCCAUCUGGUCCAAGCCGUUGGUCUCCGGCAUCUGCAGCGUCCCGGUGGCGUCCCUCCCCCCUUUGGAAUGGCCCGUGCCCAGCCGCGCAGACCGCUACGAGCUCCGGAUCGAGGUGCAGCCAAAGCCGCACCACCGGGCUCACUACGAGACGGAGGGAAGCAGGGGCGCCGUCAAGGCCCCCACGGGAGGACACCCUGUGGUGCAGCUGCGAGGCUACAAGGGCAAAGACCCCAUCGGCCUGCAGAUCUUCAUCGGCACGGCGGACGAGCGCAUCCUCAAGCCGCACGCCUUCUACCAGGUGCACCGCAUCACCGGGAAGACGGUGACCACCAACAGUUUGGAGAAGGUGCUCAACGGCACCAAAGUCCUGGAGAUCCCCCUGGAGCCCAAAAACAACAUGAGGGCAAUCAUCGACUGCGCCGGCAUCCUGAAGCUGCGGAAUGCCGACAUCGAGCUGAGGAAGGGCGAGACGGACGUGGGGCGAAAGAACACGCGGGUGCGCCUGGUGUUCCGCGUCCACGUCCCCCAGCCCGGAGGACAGCACGUCUCCCUCCAAGUGGCCUCGCAUCCCGUGGAGUGCUCUCAGCGUUCCGCACACGAGCUUCCCGUGGUGGAGAAGCAGGACCUGGACGGCUGCUCCGUGCUGGGGGGCCAGCAGAUGAUCCUGACCGGGCAGAACUUCAGCUCCGAUUCCAAGGUGCUGUUCGUGGAGAAAACGCACGAUGGGAUGCAGAUUUGGGAGAUGGAAGCAUCCGUGGACAAAGAUAAGAGCCAGCCUAGCAUGCUGUUCGUGGAGGUGCCCCGCUACCGCGACGCGGCCGUCUGCCGUCCCGUCAAGGUGACCUUCUGCGUGGUGAACGGGAAGCGGAAGCGCAGUCCACCUCAGCGCUUCACCUACACGCCGCUGCCAUCUCCGCCCAUCAAGACCGAGCCCUUGGACGAGUACGAAUCCGACCACACGAGCUUCAGCGUGCCCCCCAUCGCGGGCGUCUCCCCUCAUUCCUACUACCACGGCCCCCGGGGCGUCCCGCACCUGGAUCACGGCCCGGGUUCCGGCAUGGCGUCCUGCCAGCGCCUCAGCGCCGGCGUCCCCAACCAGAGCCCGGCCAUUGUCUUCUGCCGCGGCACCGGCACCUAUCAGCAGACGGGCCCCCUGAUUCCCGACCCGCACCGCUCCGUCCUGGUCCACACGGGCUCCCCGGCACUACCCCCCGUGGGGACGGGCCAGAACCCUUCCAUCAUCCGGUUCUCCCCCACCAACCCGCACCACGCCCAGCCCGAUAACCGGGCUGUGGUCUACUGCCAAGGCUACUCCCCCCCGGGGCCUCGCUCCUCCACGCCCCCCCUGGGGGCCGGCGAGCCCUCUCAGCAGUACGCCACGGUGAUCCAGCAGCAGACGCACGUCCACAAGAAGGGCCGAGGCGCUAGCGGGGAGACGCCCGCCGACAGACCCAGGGUGACGGUGAAGGAGGAGAACCUGGACCAGGCCUACCUGGAUGAUGGUGAGUUGAACGAGAUCAUCCGCAAGGACCUGACCGGCGUUGAAGGUGGAGGGCGGCCGUAGGUCUGAGGAAGCGUGGCCAUCCAGUACAUGGACGCCCCCUGCUGGCUUUGUGCAUCUUUUUUUUCUUGUCAAACAACCAAAGAAGCCAGAAGGAACGUGCCUUACGUAGCGUUUGGGGUCCACGCCUCAUCACGCUCUUCUUUACCUUCACGUCCGUUUCAUGGAAGAACGUCCAAGUUCCUGGGUCCAUCAUCUCCAAGAAGACCCAAAGUGAUGCCUUCUCACCAAACCAGCCCAGCUGUGAUGUGAUGAAAUAAUGCCUACACACAAGAUGGCCACGUGGGAAUAUUUCAUAUUUCCCUGGACGUGGAUUAGAAAAAGGUUGAAGGUUUGAAGGCUGUGGUAACUCAAGCGCUUUAUUUCACAUCCAUUGAAUGUAAUCGACCCUCUUUUUCUUCCUUUGUAAAUAUCAACCUCUCAUUUGUACGCUCAUUUCAUGCAUCAUAUAUUCAUAUUUGACGCACAACAAUCAUUGUAUUUUCUAUGGGAUGUCUACUUUAUGGCUCUUUUUGUAUUCUUAAAAGGUAGCAAUAAAGUAUA